AUGGGCUCCUUAGAUUUGGCGCGUGGAGACCCUACUCGCCUGCAAAAGCAGGGCCAGAAACUAUACCUUCAGGGUCAAUUCAAUGCAGCCAUAGAGGCAUUUACGGAGGCUUUGAGAUAUCAAGACGUCGAUGUUCUCGCUGUGCUUGACAACCGCGCUGGCACUUACUCAAAGCUCGGUCAACAUGACCAGGCUUUGAGAGAUGCGCGACAGAUGAUUAAGAAAGACAAGAACGAUGAACGAGGUUACCUGCGUUGUGCAAAGACAUUGAUCUUGGAUGGCAAACACGACAAGGCUCUCGAAAUCUACGAAUACGCCUUGAAAUGCCUUCCUACAGAUCAUCCACGGCGCAAGCAACUAGAACAACUCCGUAAUAAGCUCCAAGAGCGGACAGUGGCAAAGUGCCACGAUCCAUUCACCGUCUUUCCAUUGGAAGUUGCUACGAUGAUCUUAACACACUUCGAUUUCAGGCAGAUUGUGGCAAUAUUGCGGGUAUCAAAGCAAUGGGACCGGUUUCUCUCAUCAAUGCGAGAGCUAUGGAUGCGUAUAGACCUGUCUGGUGCGCGGGGAAAAAUCCAUUGGUCUUCUGUCCGCGCCUAUAUCAACCGAUCUAAAGCAAUGGUCACUUCCGCUGUUGUGAAGAACUUGUCCGUCCCAUCUACCAAGCGGGUCCUCGAAUUCUUCAGCAGGUGUCCUCGACUAGAAAACCUAGAGAUUUGGGCGCAAUUCGCCUGCCAGGAUUUCUAUGAGCUAUACAAGAACUCCAAGAGGCUAAAGCGCCUGAUGAUAUCCGAUGACAUUCCUAUACCACAGGAGUACAUCGCCAAGUUCCUCGAGGCCCUGCCUCUCCUGGAGCGCAUCGAGAUCCACAAAACCAAAUCUUCUCCUCAGUUCAGAACACAAUGGCCUUCCACAUUACCCCACCUCCGAAGCAUCACCUUCGGUACGGUAGAACCCUCCAGGCCUUCCAACCACGUGCCUGCAUUGUACAUCCCUCGUCGAGACGAUCCCUCCCUCCCCUGCACAAUCGCCAACCUCGAAGAGCUCCGUCUCGACUCCAAUCCAGAUGUUUUCAUUCCGUAUCCGCCCACCUUCAACCCCUUCGACCUCCCCCGACUUCGACGCUUAGACCUCAGUGGCAUGUACAUCGGCGAGGAGUUUGCCCUUCCAUCCAGUCUCCAAUGCCUUCGCAUCCGUGGCGGCGCAGGCGCCGAAGAAUUCCCCUUUUCCAACCAGCUUCCAUUCAACCUUCCCAAUCUCCACACGUUGAUCCUCAGCGACGUGCCGUGGGUCACAAAUGCAACAAUCCACGUGUUUCUGGAAUGCAAAUCUCCGUUAUUGGUCCUUCACGUUGACAGCUGUUUUCGACUCUUGGGGGGACCGUUGUCGAAGCUCCUUUGUGAGCACGCAAACAAGCUUACGGACUUGAAUGUGUCUCAUAUCUCCUGUAUCACUGAUGCGGUGGUCGAGUCGAUCACUAAGAAUCUCUUGGAUUUGAAGAGCCUGUACUUGAGCUAUACUGGCAUCACUGGGUGCUCAAUUAAGAGUCUCGCGGAUGCGCGAAAGACUGGUGGAGCGCAGGUAGAGCGUAUCUCAGCGAAGGGCUGUGAGAAUAUUUCUGCGGACGCUAUUGCCUACGGACGCGCCAAUGGGAUUGAGGUUCUCGUUUGA